GGCCGGGGCCGGGGCCGGGCUCACAGCUGCUCCGCCCGCAGGUUCGUGGAGGCGCAGAGCAGCCCCGAGACGCGCCCGCUUGUGCUGUGGCUCAACGGUGGCCCCGGCUGCAGCUCCAUGGACGGGCUGCUGACCGAGCACGGCCCCUUCCUGGUGCAGCCCGACGGCGCCAGCCUGCGCUACAACGACUACGCCUGGAACCAGGUGGCCAACGUGCUGUACCUCGAGUCCCCCCUGGGCGUGGGCUUCUCCUACUCGGACGACAAGCAGUACACCACCAACGACACCGAGGUCGCCCACAACAACUACCUGGCCCUGAAGGAGUUCCUGCGCCUCUUCCCGGAGUACUCCAAUAACGACCUGUACCUCACCGGCGAGAGCUACGCCGGGAUCUAUAUCCCCACGCUGGCGCAGUGGGUCAUGCAGGAUCCCAGCCUCAAGCUCAAGGUGAGGGGCAGGCGCCGG